AUGGCGUCUCGUGGGCGCGAUCGUGAGCGUAAUCGAGGUCAAGGAUGGAUAGCUAAUGAGGUAACCAUACCAAUAGAUAGUUUGACUGAUAUUGUGACCGCAAUGACGAGUGUUGCUGCUGCCAUUGGUACUGUUGCUGCCGCGACCAUCCGAGUAAUGGAUGGGAUGCAACCACAAGCUGGAACUGGCAACAAUGAUGAUAAUGAAUAUGAAGGUGGACAUAAUGCUCCGAAUACAAGGGUACCACUGAGUUAUCUGGAGCAGGUUAACGUGGGUCAGGCAACGGGAGAAAGCUCAAGGAGGGCUGAGGUAGCAAGAAGUGAUCACCGAGAACCCUUCACAAAGAAAAAGGGAAAGAUUACACCGAGGAGCCAAACUUUCAAAAAGAAUCACUUUGUCGCUUCACAUUCUCAGCGCUGGAGCACUGACCGAAGGAACGAUAACCGUCUGGAUCCGAAUGCUGAAGAGAAAACUAGUACUCAACUGAAUAAUUUAAGGUGCCCAAGGUGCAAGGAGUACCAUCCAAACAGACCGUGCAGGGCCGGAUUAGGCGUAUGUUACAAGUGCGGGAGACCAGGGCAUAUGUCUUGGAAUUGUCCAUACAAAGAAAAUCGGGAUGCAACUGAAUUUAAUUCUCAUAGCCGAGUUUUAAUACAAGGGUCAGUCUAUGAUGCAUCAAGGGUCUACGUGAAGGAGAUGAUUUUCAGAGCACCCUCAGACUCUGUUGAUGUUUGCAUGUGUUGUGCCACCACUGGCUCUCCAUUCAUAUCCACACUGGAGCUUAGGCCCUUGAAUGUGUCAAUGUAUGCCAUGGAUUUCGAGGAUGAUUUCUUCUUGAAAGUGGCUGCAAGGAUCAACUUUGGUGCUACUAGCAAGGAUGCUGUCAGGUAUCCAGAUGAUCCAUAUGAUAGAAUUUGGGAUUCGGAUAUCAUUAAAAGACAAAACUUUCUUGUUGGGGUGGCCCCAGGCACAAUUAGAAUUAACACAAUAAAGAACAUAGAUAUACAGACAAGGGAAUACCCUCCUGUUAAAGUGAUGCAAACCGCGGUUGUAGGCACAAAACAGGUACUCAGCUACAGACUGAACCUUGAAGACUUUCCUGCCAACGCUAGAACUUACGCAUAUUUUGCAGAGAUCCAAGAUCUCGGUAAGAACGAGACUCGAAAAUUCAAAUUGGAGCAACCUUAUAUACCUGACUAUAGCAAUGCAGUAGUUAACAUAGCUGAGAAUGCAAAUGGUAGCUACACUCUAUAUGAACCAAGUUAUAUGAAUGUGAGUAUGGAUUUUGUUCUUUCCUUCUCCUUUGCUAAGACCAGGGAUUCUACUCAAGGACCUCUUCUAAAUGCAAUGAAAAUAAGAAAAUAUGUUGAAAUCGCUUCCAAAACUGACAAAGAAGAUGUAAAUGUAAUAAAUGUGUUUCGCUACUUGUCUUCCGAUACUGACCCAAAUAACAGGGAUCCCUGUGUUCUAACACCCUGGGAGUCGGUUAAUUGUAGUGAAACUACCCCUCCAAGAAUCAUAAAGAUAAACCUGUCAAGAAGGAAUGUGAAAGAUGAAAUUCCACAAGAGCUCAACAACAUGGAAGCAUUGACAGAGUUGUGGUUAGAUGGUAACUUGCUUAUAGGAACACUACCUGACAUGAGCAAUCUUAUCAAUCUAAACCUUGUGCAUUUAGAGAUCAACAAAUUGACUGGUCCAUUACCAUCUUACUUGGGUAGUUUGCCAAAUUUGCAAGCACUGUUCAUACAAAAGAACUCAUUUAGCGGAAAAAUACCAACAGGACUAUUAUCUGGAAAAAUUAUUUUCAACUAUGAUAAUAAUCCUGAACUACAUAGAGGGAACAAGAAGCAUUUUCAGUUGAUACUAGGAGCUUCAAUUGGAAUACUAGUAAUAUUAUUACUAUUAUUCUUAACAAGUCUUCUGCUAAUGCAUAAUGCACGGAGAAAGGCAUCUAAACAGAAAUGUGACGAAAAAGGUUUGUCAGGUAGUACAAAGCCAUUGACUGGAUACUCAUUCGGUAAGGGUGGGACUUUAAUGGAUGAGGGUACUGCUUACUAUAUUUCACUCUCAGAGUUGAAAAAAGCUACUAAUAAUUUUUCAAGAAAAAUCGGGAAAGGGAGCUUUGGAUCUGUCUACUAUGGGAGAAUGAAAGAUGGAAAGGAGAUUGCGGUUAAGACUAUGACAGAUCCAUCCAGCCAUGGGAACCAACAAUUUGUGACUGAGGUAGCUCUCCUCUUAAGAAUUCAUCACAGAAACUUGGUUCCUUUGAUUGGAUAUUGUGAAGAAGAAUAUCAGAAUAUUCUUGUUUACGAGUACAUGCACAAUGGCACAUUAAGGGAUCACCUUCAUGAAGGUUGGAGUCAGAAACAAUUAGACUGGUUAGCACGGCUUCGGAUUGCAGAAGAUGCAGCGAAAGGCCUUGAAUACUUGCACACAGGAUGCAAUCCUAGUAUUAUUCACCGAGAUGUAAAGACGAGCAAUAUUCUCCUCGACAUCAAUAUGAGAGCAAAAGUGUCAAAUUUUGGACUAUCAAGGUUAGCUGAAGAAGAUUUGACUCAUAUAUCAAGUGUUGUAAGAGGAACUGUAGGCUACCUGGAUCCUGAGUACUAUGCAAGUCAACAAAUAUUCAAAAAGAGUGACGUAUAUAGUUUUAGAGUUGUUGUGCUGGAAUUGAUAUCUGGAAGAAAGCCGGUAUCACUAGAAGAUUAUGGUCCUGAAAUGAAUAUAGUUCAUUGGUUGAAGUAA